AUGCCAUCUCCCCUCUCCCACGCCCCACACGCCAAAGACCCACGGCUCCCGCGCGCCAUCCACACCUUCCACGCACUCCUCAGCGGCUUCAACGCGGGAGCAUUCUGGUUCUGCAUCAUUCCCUCGUUCACCCUUCUCCGCCGCGCAAUGCACCUCCACCGCCUCCCUAUCCUCUCAGUCUACCGUCUCCUGCGGACCACGGCACACGGCACCGUCUUCGGCCUUCUCUGGUCUUGCCUCACGCUCUCUAUCUGGAAGAAAGAGGAGGAGGCUGGACUGCAGGACUACAACUGGAAAAAUUUUCAUGUAUCCAGACGCGGACAAAUUCAGGGAGACUGCUGGACGCUGGGCGGUGCUGCGUUGGGCGCCGGGGCCGGAGCGGCGCUGUGGCGGGGUAGGAUGGGCGGUGGCGUCAGGAGACUGGGUGGAGCGGGCUUGGGGACGGUGGCUGGAACGAUAGGGUAUCUGUGGCCUUUGUCGAUUGUCGCCACGAGCUAUUCAAAAUGGACCAUGGGUAGUACAUUCCAAGUCGGACAGCAAGUUCUCCUCACGUACGACACCAGCGGGGGCGAAUGCGUGCAGAAGCUCCAGGUCUACGACCGGCGCGAGACCAACGGGAACUGGUCUUACCAGCUGUCGUACACCCACGCCCCGCAGCAGCUCUUCUUCCUGGGCAUGAACGAUGGCAAUAACAAGUACUGGUUCGAGGAGCAUAAACUCCAGUCGGCGUAA